UGUCCCAUCUUCCCCAACCUAACUAUAUAUGAUUUGGUAUGUAUUUUACAAUUUAGUUCUCGGGAUAUAUAAACACACACUUAACCCGCCCCGUAUUAGAUGAAAAAAACACAACACUCGCAAAGUUAAUAUCCGAUAUGAAAGCAUCCAGCCACAACAAUAUGAACUAAGCCGUUGAAAAAUUAAUAAAGAAUCACGUAAACAUGUGCCAUGCGAGACUCAAGUUUCAGGUGACUGAAAGCGGAUUAGAGAAAGGGUGGGACUCAUGUCUUCCAUCCAAGCGUAUAUUAGCGAAGCGCGUAUCUGUUGUGAACAUUCCGAAUGUUGUGAACCGUUUUACGAAGACUGAAAAAAACAAAACUGUCUUACGAAAACUGAAAAACUCAAAACAAGCAUUUUAAUGUAAUCCACAAUGCUAGUCGUUGCGCUUUUGUGCCAACUGCAAUCGCGCAUGUUUUGCAACCGAUUUCGCUUCAUUGUCAUUAUCAGCUUUGUACAUUGGUCAGCAGAUACAUUUAAAGUUGGAGAUGCAGAGCGAACUUGUCAAAAACUAUCAGUCAGUGAGGCGAAUGAUAGAAUAGAGGAAACAGUUGAUCACUGUAAUAAGUUCUUCAAGAGUUAUAUAACUUCUAUUCCCUACGUUGGGUGCCCUAGGUCUUCGAACACAUUGGGGGCAUUCGAUUGUUGCGUUAAAAGAAUAAAUGCAGAAGAAUUGAAAGAAUACACUGAAAUCGAAAGGUUUAACGUCGAAUACAAUUACAUCACUCGCAUCGAAAGCCGAAUCUUUUACUUCAAUACAAAAUUGAGAACCAUUCUGUUAAACCACAACAAUAUACAUACAGUAGACGAUGGCGCUUUCGAAGGUUUGAGCAACCUUACGCUGUUAGACUUGGCUGGAAAUAACAUUACCUGGCUACCAGACGGCAUAUUUAAACCUACAGUAAACCUGGACACACUAAACUUAAGUGAUAACCAACUCGUAAGGAUCGACGUCACUUACAUGACCACACUCUCGGUGCUUAACCUAGCGGGGAAUAACCUGGCAGAGUGGACGGCAGAUCAUGAAAACAUGCUGAGUUUGAGACUACGAGGAAAUAAACUCACACGAUGGAAAAGAUUAAACAUGCCAAACAUACAAAAGCUGGACCUUAGUAACAAUGAAAUUACAACAGUGGACUACGAUGCAUUCAUCCAAUGCAGGCAACUAAUGGAUCUAAACUUAAGCAGGAACUAUCUCACCACGAUGGACAAAAACAUCGUAUUUGAAUUAUGCCAAUUAGUGUCGUUUGACAUUCGAAUGAAUAAGUUAACAAAGCCACACCCCGAAUGGUUCGAGAACGUGGUCAACAAUGGAGAGUUAGCAGGCUCUGUUACGUCAUUAGCGCUUACAACGGGCAACGACUGGCAAUGCAACCAAGAAUUGAAACAUUUUCAAUCGUUCUUGGAGUACCUACAGACAGAACCACUCAUCAAAAUACAAAGAUGGCACACAAAGUUUCGAAUAGACUGUAAUAGCCAACAUGAAGGGAAAUCACUUAUGGAAGUUGACUUGCAUUGUCAAUAUACACUUCAAACCGCCUGCAGUAAGAACUAUUCUCACCACUUCUGUGGUGGUUCCCCUAUACCCUUAACUGCACCAUCCAUCAACCGAAGUCUCCCCCACCCCUACAUAGCUGGAGGCAGCACUGUUUUGCUUUUUUUUGCUGCAGCCGUAAUAUUUGUAUUAUACCAUAUUAAGCGUUCAAAAAUUCCAAAACACAACGGUGAACUUGAAGAUUAUGUUCCAACAUAUGAAGAAAUACAACCCCCAAAUAACGGGCGAGCAGACUUAGUUAUAAGAACUGAGGGUUACUGCACAAAAACUUGGUGAAAUGUUAAUCUUAGUGCUACCACCUUUCAAUCAUAUUUUCAGCAACUUUAUUUUCAAUGCAUAUCUGUGCUCUAUGUUUUAUAUGUAUAAUUUUCCCACUGUGAUGCUGUGUAUAAUAUGAUACAGAUGUAAUGGACAACACUUAAGAUUUUAAUAAUUUUUAUAUAACUGCCAACUUUUUUUUAUAUUAAUAUUUUUACUUUAUUUUUUUAUUACAGCAAAUCAUUUUUAAUUCUUAUUGAUAUUUUUUUACAUUAUUUAAAGCACUUAAAUCUUUAACAUUAAACAAGAGCUUCAGAAUGAAUUUUUGUUCAGCAAUAAACUGUAAAAACUGU